AGACAGCUCCAACCAUCACAGCUUCAUGAUCCUGUCAUCCAUCGUCAUCACCAUCGCCAUCUACAUCAUCAGUGGUUUUCCAGUGUGCCAGCCAAGCACCAUGCAGCCGGCUAGAGCCAUGAUACAAGGAUGAAGUCAGGCUGUCCUAAGGGAGCAGCUUGGCUGCCAAGUGGAACGGGGGCAGAUGCAAGAACUCUCACCUCACCCCGCCCAGGAACCUGGAAGGGUGCUUGUCUUUUGUACAGCCUGUACACCCGCACCUGGCUAGGAUACCUCUUCUACCGGCAGCAGCUGCGCAGGGCUCGGAAUCGCUACCCCAAAGGCCACUCCAAAACCCAGCCCCGCCUCUUCAAUGGCGUGAAGGUGCUUCCCAUCCCGGUCCUCUCCGACAACUACAGCUACCUCAUCAUCGACACCCAGGCCCGGCUGGCUGUGGUUGUGGACCCUUCAGACCCCCGCGCUGUGCAGGCUUCCAUUGAGAAGGAGGGAGUCACCUUGGUUGCCAUUCUCUGCACCCACAAGCACUGGGACCACAGUGGAGGGAACCGAGACCUCAGCAGGCGACACCGGGACUGUCGGGUGUAUGGGAGCCCGCAAGAUGGCAUCCCCUACCUCACCCACCCCCUGUGUCAUCAAGAUGUGGUUAGUGUGGGACGACUCCAGAUCCGGGCCCUGGCCACCCCAGGCCACACGCAAGGCCACCUGGUCUACCUGUUGGAUGGGGAGCCCUACAAGGGUCCCUCUUGCCUCUUCUCAGGGGACCUGCUCUUCCUCUCUGGCUGUGGACGGACCUUUGAGGGCACUGCAGAGACCAUGCUGAGCUCACUGGACACUGUGCUGGGGCUGGGGGAUGAUACUCUGCUGUGGCCUGGCCAUGAGUACGCAGAGGAGAACCUGGGCUUUGCAGGUGUGGUGGAGCCUGAGAACCUGGCCCGCGAGAGGAAGAUGCAGUGGGUGCAGAGGCAGCGGAUGGAGCGCAAGAGCACGUGCCCAUCCACCCUUGGAGAGGAGCGUGCCUACAACCCAUUCCUGAGGACCCACUGCCUGGCGCUGCAGGAGGCUCUGGGGCCAGGCCCAGGCCCCACAGGGGAUGAUGGCUGCUCCCGUGCCCAGCUCUUGGAGGAGCUCCGCCGGCUCAAGGACACACACAAGAGCAAGUGAAGCCCCUAGCCCAGCCCAGCCUGCCCCCAUGGUGGGAAGCGCCCACCGCCACACCUCACAUCCUUAUCACAGCCAUCUCCUCCAUCCAUGUGUCAUGUACCCAUCCUCAUCAGGGGGAGGGGUGGGACCAGGCAGUGAGACUGGGGAAGGGACCAAUGGCUUGGAGGCCCCACAAAGCGAGGCUGGGUCAUCCAAGGGAAAGGGAAAGGAUGGGCAUCUGGACAUCUGCAUACUGCUAACUUCGAGGGUCCCCUCUUCCCUUCUCCCACUUCGGACAGCUGCACAAACACAGAAGCUGCUAUGAGCUCCCCACCUGGGAGCCCUCACUCUCGCUGUAACCCUGACACCAGGGCAGCAGGAGCCAUGCCAAGUUGAAUCCAUUUUCCACCAUCUCCAUCCACAGUUAAGGCCUCCAGUGUGGUGCCUUGGGAAAGCAGUGACCGGCAGGGGUGGCCGGGCAGGUGACUGGGACUCUGCCCCUCCACCCAGCCUCCUGGCCCACCCUGCCCUGACAAGGCAUUUCCAGACAGAGCCAUUCCUAGGACCCCAAAAGGCUGGAAAUCGCCACCAGCCUCUGCCUCAGAGGCUCCCUGCAGCCUACAGGGAGGCAUGUCCUGGUUGCCAAGAGAACCUCUGCCUCCCCUGAAGCCCAGACACUGGGGUCUGGACCCUGGAAGGGGUCAAGGCACCUGUUCACCCCACACAUCUGGCCUGAACCUGCCCCCAGGCCUCUGCUCCUGCCCUGGGCCACAAGGGCCUUCUUCGCAGGGGAGAGAGGACCGUGGCCAGGACUGAUGCACUUUCUUCACUUGGGCCCUUGUACUUAGGAAUUUCUGCCUGUCUUUCGUCUUACUUAAUUCCUCUUGUUUUAUCCUUGACCUCUUUCCUCUUUGAGUUAGCAAUUCAUUUUUCAGCCCAGGCUUUCAACUGGCCCUUCACAGUUUCCCAAGAGCACUCAUUCCUGUGCAAGUCCCCAUUGCAUCCUUGGCCCCGUCCUCACUGAAGGGAGGAGGCUCUGUGCAGCAGGCUGGACCUGGCCCUCUGCUCACCCCUCCUCCAGCCCUGCUUCUCUGGUCUCAGGUCCAGGUCCCUUUGGGAUCCUCAGGCAGGCGCCCAUGGGCCAGCCAGAGCCUCUCAUCCGGUGUCAAAGCCUUCCUAGAUGCCCUGUCCUCCGCUUCCCUCCUCAUCUGGCCUCUGCAGCUCCCACCCUGGAGCUCACUCUAGCAAUACCACCAGACUAGUUAGCCUUCCCGCGGAGACAUGCAAACUUGCCUCUGUGCCUUUGCUCCCGCUGCUCCUCAGGCCGGAAUGCCUUUAGCUCCAGCGCCUGGUCUGCCUGGCAAACACCUGCCCGUUCACUCCCCCAGGCCCCUCCCUAGGAAGGCGCCCUGCCUCUCCCCUCCAGGCUACCUCUGCACUUUGUAAAUGCUUCUCUCUCUGGCACUUAUCACAUAUAUUUUACUUGUUUACAUGUUUGUCUCCCCUUCUAGACUGUGAAUCCUUAAGGGCAUGGACUGUCGUACGCAUCUCUGUAUCUCUGCGCCUAGCACGGUGCCUGGCACAUAGUAGGCGCUCAAUAAAUGUUGAAUGAAUGAAUGAUUUAA